CAAGGGGAAUAUGGCUCUAGCACGGCGGCUGCGGCUGUUGUCGCUCGCGGCUCGGUUGCUUCUGGCGCCUCGCCGGGACCUGAUGGUCCGCGGUCGCAACGAGCCCCUGCCCGUGGUGCGCAUCCCGCGGGCUCUACAGCGGCGGCAGGAAGAGCGGCAGAGCGGGCAGCGGAGCCCCCCGCGGCGGGUGCUGGUGCGACCUGGGCCGCUGCUGAUCUCAGCGCGGCGACCGGAGUUGAACCAGCCGGCACGCCUCACGCUGGGCCCUUGGGAGCCCGCGCCACUCGCUUCGCGCGGCUGGAGGAAUCGGCGCGCCCACGGGGACCAUUUCUCCAUCGAGCGCGCGCAACAUGAGGCUCCGGCGCUGCGGAACCUCUCGCCCAAGGGCAGCUUCACCGAUCUGGGUCUGGAGCUCCGCGUUCUGAGCGCACUACGAGAGACUGCUCCCGAAGUUGUUCGGCCCACAACCGUGCAGUCGAGUACCAUUCCCCCACUCCUUCGCGGCCGCCACAUCCUCUGCGCCGCAGAAACGGGCAGUGGCAAAACCCUCGGCUACAUGCUACCUCUCCUUCAACGGCUCUUGGGCCAGCCAAGCCUGGACCCCUGUCGUAUCCCUGCUCCUCGAGGCCUGGUUCUUGUGCCUUCUCGAGAAUUAGCCGAACAGGUGCGGGCCGUGGCCCAGCCCUUGGGCAGCUCCUUGGGCCUCCAGGUGCGGGAGUUAGGGGGAGGCCAUGGCAUGAGUAGGAUCAGGCUGCAACUGUCCAAACAACCUCCAGCAGAUAUACUAGUGGCCACUCCGGGGGCUCUGUGGAAGGCCCUGAAAACUCAACUGAUCAGCCUGGAGCAGCUGUCCUUCUUGGUGUUGGAUGAGGCAGACACGCUGUUGGAUGAAAGCUUCCUGGAACUGGUGGAUUACAUCUUGGAGGGGAGCCAUAUAGCAGAAGGCCCAGCUGACUUAAAAGACCCCUUCAAUCCCAAAGCUCAGUUAGUGCUGGUGGGGGCCACAUUUCCCGAAGGUGUAGGCCAGCUGCUGAGUAAAGUUGCCAGCUUAGACUCUCUAACUACCGUUACCAGUGACAAGCUCCACUGCAUCAUGCCUCAUGUCAGACAGACAUUCAUGAGGCUGAAGGGAACAGAGAAGGUGACUGGGUUGGUGCAGAUCCUCAAGCAGCAUGACAGAGCAUAUAGGACUGGCCCCGCAGGAACUGUUCUGGUGUUCUGUAAUUGCUCCAGCACUGUGAACUGGCUGGGGUAUAUUCUGGAUGACCACAAAAUCCAACACUUAAGACUGCAGGGACAGAUGCCAGCCUCAAUGAGGGCAGGCAUCUUCCAGUCCUUCCAGAAGGGCUCCCGAGACAUACUUCUCUGCACAGACAUCGCCUCUCGGGGCCUGGACAGCACCCAGGUGGAGCUAGUCAUCAAUUAUGAUUUCCCUCUCACCCUGCAAGACUACAUCCACAGAGCAGGGAGGGUGGGCCGGGUGGGGAGCGAGGUGCCAGGCACCGUCGUCAGCUUUGUGACCCAUCCCUGGGACGUGAGCCUGGUUCAGAAGAUUGAGCUGGCAGCUCGCCGGAGGAGAAGCCUUCCAGGACUAGGGUCCUCCUCAGUGAGAGAGCCUUUGCACCAGCAAACCUUAUUGCAGCAGGCUUAUAUAUGAUGCCACCACAGGGACCUUUCCCUCUGUGCUGGAUGGGUGAGCACACUUGUCAGUAGGGUGCUCUGGGCUGCCUAGUCACCUUCUGACGGCCCGGGCUGCUGUCUGGCUUCAAAAGGUAAGCUGCUGGCCAACACUGGAGGGUGAACUACUGAGCAUGGCUCUCUGUAGUCUUUCACAUGAAGAAUAAAGUCGAUCUUGGCUCUG